GCUGCUUAUUGAAACACUGCAUGCGCUGGGUGAUGAGUUUUCCUUUUUACCGCCAUGAGAUGUAACUUAAUGCUAACUGCAUGUUUUUUGCAAUGUGGGAGGAGGCUACUCUUUUCUUGACAGUGGAAAUCAGCUUGAUUUUAACAGGCCAAAUGAGCAGCAGAACACGCCUUAAGGUGUUUGUGUGUGACCCACCCAUGGCUUCACUGGGACAGAUCAUCUUCUACAUUAUGAUCGCGCUCAUUGUUGUCUUCUCAGCGCUCAUCAUCUUCAUCUUGUCCUUUACGCUCUCAGGCAGUUUGUCUCUGGUGCAAAGUCUCAACAGACUUCCUGUGGCCAACCUCGGCAAAGACCACAUGCUCAGCUGCUUCCUAACCCCAGACAGUCAACAAAGUACACUCAAAGAGGUGUCUGUCACAUGGAGGAAGGAGUCGCUGGCUGGAAUCGUUUACCGCUAUGAGGAUGGUGCCGAGAGCAACAGCGGGCAGGACUCACUGUACAGCGGCAGAGUAGAGAUAUUCAGUGACGUCUUGGUGAAAGGAAAUGCCUCACUGCUGUUGAGGAAGGUGCGACGCAGUGAUGCGGGCAAAUACACAUGUUCGUGCAGCCACUCGGGAGGCAGCGGGAGCGUGAAUAUUGUCCUCAGGACAGCAGCUUUCACAGCACCCACAUAUACAUUGUCAAACGGUGUCCUAACCGCUGAGGCGAGCAGGUGGUUUCCCAGGCCCAAUGUGACAUGGCUGGAUGCUGACGACAAUGUCCUGCAGGCGAGUACAGACUUCCAGCAGAGCUCUGGGGACAUAUUUCGAGUGGUCAGCACACUGCGAUCAGUCAACGUCAGUGACACAUACAGCUGCAGGAUCGAGAAUGACCUGGUGGUGGCACACUCUGAUGCCACUGUGACAACAGGCUCUGAUGUUACCAAGGAAACAUACUUUACCUACAAUGCUGCAUCAGCCCCGCUAGCAUCAUAUUUCAGAAUUAUUCUGUGUGUGUUUUGGGUUAAUGUAAUGCAACACAAAUACUUCACAAUUUAAUAUAAAUGAUGUUCUAAUGUGUCACAGAGAUGAAGAAGUAAAUAGUUCAGGUAUAUUAAGUGCGGUGGCCUGGUAGUGCAAAACAAUAUAACAAAUUGUGAAACACUUUUACAUUUCAGAAAACAAAUUACCGCAUUUUCUCGUGUAUAAUGCGUACUCAUGUAUAAUGCGCACACCCAAAGUUGACCUCAAAAUUCUGGAAAACCCUUCAACCUAUGUAUAAUGACGUUUUACAAUGCAUGAUUUUGCUUCUACCCAUAUGAUCAAAACAUUAAGUAUUAUCUGUAUUUAGUUAGUUUUUUCAAAGAAUUAUUCUGAAGCGAAACACAUUUAAUUUUAUUUUAAUGGGAUUCAAAUUAAACGGUCAAGCAUUUCAGAAAAGCAAUACAAUUAAACAAAACAUAAUCAUAAAGAAAUGAAUGAUAGUUGUUGCGCAUACAUACAUGAGAAAUUACGAUGCCAAAAGACUUGUACAUUUCAGAAAACAAAUUAACAGAAGCAGAAACACUUUUACAUUUUAGAAAACAAAUUAACAAAAAACGACUGGUUAGAGCGUCUGCCUCACAGUUCUGAGGACCGGGGUUCAAUCCCCGGCCCCGCCUGUGUGGAGUCUGCAUGUUCUCCCCGUGCCUGCGUGGGUUUUCUCCGGGCACUCCGGUUACCUCCCACAUCCCAAAAACAUUCUCUAAAUUGCCCGUAGGUGUGAAUGUGAGUGCGAAUGGUUGUUUGUAUGUGCCCUGCGAUUGGCUGGCAACCAGUUCAGGGUGCUGCCCGAUGAUAGCUGGGAUAGGCUCCAGCACGCCCACGACCCUAGUGGCUCAGAAAUUGGAUGGAUGGAAAUUAACAAAAGCCAAAACCCUUUUACGUUUCAGAAAAGAAAUGAACAAAAGCCAAAACACUUUUGCAUUUCAGAAAACAAAUUAAUAAAAGCAGAAACACUUUUAUAUUUCAGAAAACAAAUUAACAAAAGCCGAAACUCUUUAUUCAUCAACAUCUCGUUACAACUGCGUAGCCUACCCUUCCCACGAUGCAGGAGCCAAUCAUGUUGAAGCUGGAGUGUUCUUGCCGAGAAAGGGUGUGGGAUUUCUAAGAAUGUCUGUGAAAUGGGACGUUCCCUUUCCGGGUUCCGGGUCACAAUUGGCAUUUGUUUCGUCUUUUGUAAAAGUGUUUCUGCUUUUUUUAUGUGUUUUCUGAAAUGAAAAAGUGUUUCACAAUUUGUUAUAUUGUUUUUCACUUCCAGGCCACCGUAAUGAAGCCAUUUGUAUAUCUUAUAUAUUAUAUAAUUUGCUUAAAAUAAAUAUGACUGCAGAAUUAAUUAAUGUAUGACAUUGUGAUUGCUGCAUUUAUUUUUAUUUUUGAUACUUACACUAUGCCUUUCAUGGAGCUGUAAAUAAAAAUGUAUGCCAAUGCUUUGAAAUUUUUGUAAAAUUUCCACAUAAAUUGGUAAUUGGAUCUGAUCUAAGUCACAACAAUAGACAAACAGUUUUCUUAAAAUUAUUCCACAAAAACUUAUGCUUCCAUGUUUUUAUUUGCGUACACAUUCACAGUGCAGGUACUCAAUACUCAGCAAUGGGUCAGAAUACUUACUCAUGUGAUUUGUCAGUUUUUCUUUUUUAAUAAAUCUGUAAAAAAAAAUUGACUUUUCUGUUUUUGUUCUCAUGGAGUGUCGUGUGUCCAUUGAGGAAAAACAUGAACUUAACAGAUUUUAGUAAAUGGUU